UAUCUAUAUAUUUUUGUUAAUAUUAGGACUACGUCGCAGUUUUUCUUCCUGUUGGUAUUUAGAUCCUAAAAUUAUUAACCAAUAGCAGAAGAAAUAUAGAUUUUGUGUAAUGUCUAGCAUUAUUGAUGUGAGAGAUUUAGGUUUGUUUUAGUAAAUGUCUAACUAAUAAACCCUAGAAGUGCUGACCAGAUCAAAGGCGCGUUUUAAGGAGUUGAGAAGUAAGAUCAUGCAUGCGUUUGUGAUUGUGUGAACCUAGUUCUUCACCGUGGCAAGUCGUAUACCAGAUACACCUUUCAUAUAAAUACAAUAAAAAUAUCUUGAGAUAUUUCUCAAGUUAGAGAAUCAUUGUAGAUCCUUAUCAUCUCUCCGUUUUUAAAUUAAUUAAAAAAUCAGAAAAGUGCAGAAAAGCGCUCUUCUUCACAUCUUUCCAGUUUUUUCCCCAAACGCGUGUUCUUCAAUAUUCGAUACGGUACAUGUAUGUGAGAUACACGCUCUGAUGAGGCACGUGGUGAUUGAACAGAACUACUUGCCUCUGUGUCUAUUUAUCAUCUUGUCUGAAAGAUAUUUCCUAUAAAUAUCUGGUUUUUCUUGUGUGCAUCGUAAAAAGAAGAACACAAAAUCGAUACCGUCAGUUGAUAAUAUUAAUUUGGAAAAGAAAUUAUUUAAAUGAAGAGGAACGGCGAAACGAAGCGGCGGAGGAACGUGGCAGAGGAGGCGGAGCAGGGAGGAGAAGAUCCGGCGAUGUGGGAGAAUCUAGAUCGGAAUUUCAGACAAGUGCAAUCGGUUUUGGACAGAAACAGAUCACUGAUCCAGCAGGUCAACGACAAUCAUCAAUCAAAAAUGGCUGAUAACAUGUCGAAGAACGUAGCUUUGAUCCAGGAACUCAACGGAAACAUCUCUAAGGUUGUUUCCAUGUAUUCUGAUAUCAAUACCAAUUUCUCAUCGGCGUUUCACGGUGGCAAUAACCGACACGACGGUGGUGGUGGUGGUACCGGAACCAGGGCUAAUUAAUCAACCCCAUCUUUCUUUGUUGGACCGGCCGGUUUGAAAGUUUGAACAGUCGGUUUAACCAAUGAUCUAUGUUAGUUUUGUUGCAAUGAUUGUCCUUAGAAAAAAUCCGUGCGAGAAAACCCAUCAUUUGGGUUAUUUUAAUUAUGGUUUUGAGUCUUUUUCAAUGUGUCUCUACUGCAAUUUCUCUAUUAAUAGUAGUUAUUUAGAUUUUCCA